AUGGCACCCAAGGCGGCAGAGAAGAAACCGGCCGAGAAGAAGCCAGCGGCGGAGAAAACUCCCAAACCGAAGGCGGAGAAGAAGCUCCCGAAGGAUGCGUCGGCGACUGAUAAGAAGAAGAAGAGGAACAAGAAGUCCGUAGAGACGUACAAGAUCUACAUCUUCAAGGUUCUGAAGCAAGUUCAUCCCGAUAUCGGGAUCUCAAGCAAAGCUAUGGGGAUCAUGAACUCCUUCAUCAACGAUAUCUUUGAGAAGCUCGCUCAGGAAUCCUCUCGCCUUGCUAGGUACAACAAGAAGCCAACAAUUACUUCAAGGGAAAUCCAAACAGCCGUCAGACUUGUUCUUCCCGGUGAAUUGGCCAAACAUGCCGUCUCUGAAGGUACUAAGGCCGUCACCAAAUUUACUAGCGCGUAG